GGCCAUUCAAUGUUGGGCAUCGUUGCAUAUGUAUGUAACUUCCUGCCUACCUAGGUAUACACGUUCCUAGGGCUUUCAAACAGAAUGGCGCUGUGUUAUGAAUGGACUAAACAAGCAGUCUUCUUUCGUUGUGCCUUAGAAAGAAAUAAAAGGAGGCUGGUGACAUAAUUUUCCGUUUGACGACUUAUAUGACUGUCUGAACACCUACAUAUGUAUUGCCUUGCGCUGUUCUUUCAUCCUUCCCACAAACACUUAAGGUUUUCAUCUUUCAGAGAAAUAUCCCCAGUAUACUCCAGAAGUAGUAGAUCACGGCAGGCAAGUAUACCACACCACAUACAUGUAACUCCUCAGUUAUCCCUUUCACCUACAUAUCUUAACACGAACCAACAACUGACACAUACUAGAUCAAGCCUUCUUACAUCAACAAUACAAUAUCAUCGUGGCAUGACAAUUCUGACGACGUUCCUGGGGACACCGGAAAGCGCAAUGAACCCUCCCUUUGCUCAGCCACGCGGAUUUCGAUGGGACGACUUUGCCAACACACCCACUAGCUCCGUGGCCGGGACACCACACGCGAGUGAGCAGCAGCACCGGGGACAGCAAAGAGAAGUUCAGUAUCAACAACCACCACAGCCAUCAGCAGCACCACAAGCACAACACCAGCCAUACCCCUAUGUCCCCCAAAUAACCGUCAACGUCUUCAACGGCAAUGAGCCUAAGAGCACCACCACCACCACAUCGACAACGACAGCGACAGCAAAAAGCGAAGGAUCAAGCGAGGGCACAAGCACACCAGCGCCCGUCAACAGCAAAACCGACGAAGGCCCCUCCCCGGCCCUCCUCCUCGCACAAUCCCUCGCAGCGCAAGUAACGUCACUGACCCAAAAGGUCGACGAGAACCAUUCCUCCUCGCCCGCGCUGCUCCUCGCGCAGUCACUCGCAGCGCAAGUAGCAGCGCUUGCCCAAAAAGUGGAGCAGCUCUCCCUCCUCACCACCAAGCUUUCCUCCACCCCACCACCUCCCGCCAUCACCGUCCCCAUAAUCGACACCGGCACCUGGGAAACCUUCGGCGUGCGCACAUGGAACGAAGCCCGCGUGCAUCGCACGUCCGGACCCGUCAAGUUCGGCAAGAAGUUUGCGAAGCCCCCCAAGGUGGUGGUGGGGAUCGGAAUGGCGGACGUGGGGAACGAUGCGAACUUCAGGGUGAGCACGUACGCGACGGAGGUCACGGAGGAAGGGUUCGUGGCGCAUGCGGAUAGCUGGCACGAUGCGAAUAUCUUCGGGUGUGGGGUUUCGUGGAUUGCGGUUGGGGAGUGAGGGGGGAAAGGGGAAAGGGGGAGGGGGAUGUGGAUUAUU